CUAGCUGUUGAUUACCAUUUUCGUAUACUUUUUUCAUAGUGCUCGACUUAUAUUUAAUUACUCUGACAGUGACUUACAAAAUUUCAAGGUCUAUGACUUAAUACACCCAGACGAUUUACGUUAUGUUGCUAGAGGACAUAAAGAACUUUUCAAAGUAGGUUCACUUGGCUUGCUUGUACAUCGAUGGUUAAAUAAACAAUGUCAGUGGAUUUGGCUACAGUCAAGAAUAAAACUUAUUAUGAAAAACGGCAAACAAGAUCAUAUUAUUGUGAUACACCGACAAUUAUCAAAUGAAGAAGGGAUGGAAUUAUUGAUAAGAAGAACAGAUGAAUACAAACUACCUUUUCCAUUACUUGAACCAGAAACUUUAUUGAAUGGUGAAGAACUGACAUGUAAUAACAACUUACAUAUGGAUAUUAAUUCACCUUUCCCAAUUAGCCAAAUGAAAAAUUUUGAUCAUCAUCAUAUCCUUGGAAGUAAUGAUCAAAAAUUAUAUGGAGCAAAUGUUAAAUCUGAUAACAAAAUUAAUUUAAGCUCAAAGCAUACACCAGAACAUUUCUCUAGCCUUGAUAUAUCCGGUAGAGUUCACAGUAGACACUCUACAGAUAUAAUCAACAGUUGUAUACAAAUGGAAAGAGGUAUUACUAGAUCAACAACGAAUAACUAUGGUGACGAUUUUCAUUUAUCUGGAUUUGACAAUAAUUUACUUGAACAUUGUCUUAAUAAAUCCACUAAACAAUCUAAGGUUAUUUCAGCUACUGUUCUACGUAGAAAAAGGACAAUGAAAGAAAUAACUAAAUCUGAAGUUAAUAAAUGUAAACUUAAUCAUCGUGGUUCGUGUACUACAGCAUGCACAUAUGUGUCAAAUGCCCAAACUCCUGGUCAAUUAAAUUAUGGUACAAACAUUUGCCAAUCUACUUAUCUUCCAUUAGGAUUUAAUCAAACAUUAUCAAGAGAUAAUGAGGCAUUUUAUCGACAUCCUUAUUUAUGUUGGCCAACAAACACCAAUAGUGUGGCAACAUCAGAAAAUACCAAUUCAAAUAGAUCAGACAACUCAGAACAUAUUCCUCAAUUAAAUUCAAGUAAAGUUGGUUUAUUCAUGAUAAAUUCACAUUAUUCAAGUCAAGAUUUAAAUGAAUUUAAUGUGCAAGAUUAUUGUACAACAAGAAAUUAUCCAACAGCAUAUGAUGCAUACUCAGCAGCUGUUGCUGCAGCCGCUGUUGUAGCAGCUGCAACAAACAGUUGUAAUCAGAAACAUCAAAGUCAAAAUAAUCAUAAUGUAUCACUUCAUCAACAAUAUCAAUCACAACAAACAUUAGAUCAAGAAAUAAAACAUUAUCGACAACAUGGAUUAAAUUCAUCACAUUUUUUAGCAAACACUAAUGAAUCAAAUACUCUUCGUUUUCACCAGACAUUAAAUGAUCCUAGUAUAUUUGAUUUGCAAGGAAGACAACAACAGAUAGAAUAUAAUUCAUCAUUAAUUAAACAACAAGCCAUAGUAUCUUCUAGUAUCCAAUCUCCGUUAAAUAAUUGUACUAGUUAUAUUUUAUCAAAUAAUUACUUUCCACAAGAACAAUCGAUCAAUAAACAAAGUUUAAGUAAGGCUUGCAUACAAUCUAAUGAUUCAUAUACAAAAGAAUUUCUAAAGCCCAGACAUUCAGAUUCGUUGAACAGUCUUCAUCAGUCACAAAUUGAAAUCGAUGUAAAUAAUAAUAAUUCCAACAUAAGUGACAAUAACAACAGCUGUAAUAAAUUAGGACAAUCAGUUUCAUCUUACACAUCUAUGAAUGUAAACCAGUUAUUCCUAGAAGAUGAUUACAGAAAUGAGUCAACAUAUGAGCAAAAAGAUACUUCAGCAAAUAUGUAUUUACAACAUAAUGUUGAACAGGGAAUAAUAUAUGCUAAUCCAAUUAUCGACAAGGAGUCUUCAUCAACAUAUUCGUCUUAUUCAUCUCCGCCUAAUCUAAUAAGCCCACAUAACACAGAAAUUGGCCUGGAACCAGAUUCUGGAAUCAGUCAGCAUCAACAGAGACAAAUACAAACUUCAACAAUGGUAAGAAUUAAUGGCCAGUUCAGUGACCCGAAUAACAAUUCAUCAAAUUCUUCAAAAUGUUCUCAGUUUUAUGAUUCUAACUGCUCUACAAAUAACUGGACUGUAAAUCCUACUCACACCAAUUAUAAUCAAGUAACUGAAUAUCUUUCUAAUGAAUGCUUGUCAGAUGUAGACUGUGGAAACUAUUAUUGUAACCCCAGAGUUUUGUCCCUCGCAAUAUCUAUGGAUUCAUCGAAUUCCAGUGAAUCUCCUACACCACAUGAUACAUGUACAGGUCAACAAGAUAAUAAGUUGCUUAAGACAAGAGCCGAAAAUGAUAUUUUUUCUCACAAAACUAACAAAUCUGGAUCACGGUCUUGCAGACUGCGAGCAAAUGAUAACUCCAAGGUUGAAAUGCCAUUAUUUUCUGAAAUAGAUUUUGGUGAUCAAAAGCAGGAUUUAUCGAAUUCUCAUAUACUUGGUGUUAAACGCUCUAAAUAUGAUUCCACUACAAGAUGGGAUGACCAUCACUAUGAUAACUCAAAGUCAACUGCCAUCCCUGUACCUGUUGUAUGUAGCGGUUCUUUGAACAUUGUUUCUGAAGAAUCAUCACAGACAAGUUCAAUAAAUACAUCUGGAAUCCAUACAACAUUAUCAGAUUAUAGAGAAGAACUAUUGAGUGCAAUUUAAUUUCAUAAACUAAAUGUAUCAUUUAUUUAUAACAAGAAUAAAUAAUAAUAAUUAUUAUAAAAUAUAAUACUUUGAUUAUUACAAAUACAUAUAUAAUUCAAUAAAUAAAAUAAUAAUUUUCCCAUUUCACAUAACAUCUAACUUCAUAUUUUCAAUUUAUAAACAGUUUUUAAUUUCAUCAAUACUUCUUUUUUUCGUUUGCUUGUUUGUUUGUUGCUAACUCAUUUCACUUAUUUGGUUUAUUUAUUUAACCAUUAUUUGUUUUGUUUAAACUCUAUAAUUAAAUGAACAAUAUUACAUCUUUUUAAGUAUAAUUUUUGAAUGGAGACAAAAAAAUGUUUUAUUAUCAAUGAUAAAUGAAAGACAGAUCCCUAUAGAUUAUUUGUUUGUUUAAACAAAUAAUAGGAUUGUAUAAAUAUUAAACACAAUAUUAUUGAUUUUUGUAAAUUAACCAAGUAAAAUGUUUUUUUUUAAAAAAGUUAUUGCCGUUAAUUCUGUUUAACAUCCUAGAUGACUGAUUUUCUCUUCUUUUCUUCGUCGUUGUUGGUGUUGUUGUUUAUAUUGAUUAAUAGCUAUUAAAUGUUAUCAUCUCUCAUAAUGUACUGAAUAUUAAACAAUGCUAUUUUUAAUACUA